AGGAGAACACAGACAGAAGGACAAGGAUAGGAACUUAGGGACAGGAUUCCGAGGUCAGAAGCACAGCAGGAUCAAGAGCUCAGGGUCAGGUGGCUGGGGAUGGGAGCAGAGUGGGGAGAUGAGCGUGGGGACAGGAGAACAGCAGGAACAGGAGCUCAGGGACAGGAGCAGAGCGUAGAGAGGAACUGAGGAUUAGGAGCUUGGGGACAGGAGCAGAGUGAGGACAGGAGCCUGCAGGGCUGGGCGUGCCAUGGUUGCUGGGUGCAACCCUGCGCAGGUGACGCAGCAGGAAGCAUCCAAGUCCCGUGGCAGGUGAGGGCGGUCCGGGCUCCACCGCCCCACAGUGGGCCCCCUCAGGGCCUGGCUGCCCUCGCUGUGUCCCUGCAGGCCACCAUGGAUGGGACCCCAUCAUCUUCCAGCCCCGCCGGGCUCUCAGCCUACGUGGCAGUGUCACAGCUGCUGGGCCUGACGCUGCUGGCGGCUACGGGAGCGUGGCUGGGCCGCUACCGGGGCGGCGUGGCCUGGCAGAAUCCGCUGCAGUUCAAUGCACACCCGCUGUGCAUGGUGUUGGGCAUGGUGUUCCUGCAGGGGGAUGCUCUCCUGGUGUACCGGGUGUUCAGGAACGAGGCCAGGCGCUCCACCAAAGCGCUGCACGCACUGCUGCACGGCCUGGCACUGCUCAUCGCGCUCGUUGGCCUCGUGGCCGUCUUUGAGUCGCACCGUGCCAAGGGCAUCUCCAACAUGUACAGCCUGCACAGCUGGUGCGGGAUGGCUGCCUUUGUGCUCUACCUCCUGCAGUGGCUCCUGGGCUGUGGCUUCUUCCUGGUGCCUGGUACGUCCUUCUCGCUCCGCGGCCGUUACAAACCCCAUCAUGUCUUCUUCGGCAUUGCCCUCUUUGCCUUCUCCAUUGCCACCUGUCUGUUGGGCAUCACCGAGAUGUUGCUCUUCAACAUCAGGGACUCCUACAGCCACUUUGUGCCAGAGGGAGUUCUGGCCAAUGUGCUGGGGCUGCUGCUGGUGGCCUUUGGGUUGGUGGUGGGCUACGUGCUGACGCGGGAUGACUGGAAGCGGGCACCACUGGCCGAGGAGAUGGCCCUCUCCAUGGACUUCAAGACACUCACAGAGGGUGAGAGCCCUGGAGGCAGCCAGUGAGGCCCUCAGCUGCCUGGUCCUGGUGAAUGUUGGAUGUCUCUG